AUAUACUUAGUAAUUUGUUUUAUUGGUUUUACAUGUUAUAUUUACGUCCCGAUAUACUUAGUAAUUUGUUUUAUUGGUUUUACAUGUUUUAUAUACGUCCCGAUAUACUUAGUAAUUUAUGUCCGAUAGGAAUCAACAGAGAUGACUACCGCCAGAUGGUCCGGGGUAACAUCCAGAUAGAUUGGUCCUGUCGGACCUGUACAGCCCCACCAACAAAUGACCAUGCCUUCAACAUAGAAGCCUCAUUCGACAUUCCGGAGCCAGUCCACGAGCAAUCUCUCCAGGAGGAAUCCCGUUGACGAUGUCCAGGCCAUACCGGAUGACGAGUUGUCACCAGUCAGCUACCACCAGGUUGAGAUGGAGUCUCAGCGAGGGAAGCCCAAGUUAGUCGAUAGCCAUGGCUUCAGCUACACUUUGAAGAAGGGUGACGGCGAGAAGAAGGCAUGGAGAUGCAUAAAGAGAUCGGGUAAAAUGACUUGCCCAGCAACAGUCCUGCAAGACGGCAACCAUUUUAGAGGGGACCGGAAGGAACAUAUACAUGCACCAGAGCCGGGUAUUCUGAAUUCAAUCAAGAUCCGGGCAGAGGCUAAGUUGAGAGCCAAGGACAACGUGUUUACAGUAUCAGCACCGCGCAUUGUACAGGACGUGUAUGACGAACACAUAGAUCUAGACCUGCCGCACCACAGCCGACCCAACAGUGGAUACGUAGCGAGAGCCGUCAACCGUCUUCGGCAGAACAUGCGGCCUGAAGACCCAAAAGGAUAUGGACUUCGAGGUAAACAACUAAAACCUUAUUCGAAAUUGUUUGGCUAAUACAAUUAAAUUUUAUAUAAACAAAAACAUUUUUAAAAAUGUGUUAUGCAACAUCAGGUUAAAGAUAUCAGUCUCCAGAAAGUAAAACAAUUCAGUGGUACAGCACAUGUAAUAAUUUUAUUGUGCAUUUCAUUUUAGCUCGAUCAUCAGUUUUUGGACAACUCGACACCAGGGUUCUACAGGAAAGAUAUCGUCGUCGACGGUCGCCGACAUCUUCUGCUUAUGUCAGAUCGUCAGAUUGGGUUGCUGGAGAAGACCCGUACCUGGUAUAUGGACGGCACUUUCCGUAUGGUGAACGAACCGUGGACACAGCUCUUCUCAAUGCAUGGCUUUGUCAAGUCCGACGACAACAUGAAGCAGAUUCAUCUGGCCUUUUGCUUCAUGUCUGGUAAACGAGAGGAAGACUAUUAUGCUGUUUUGCGAGCGAUCGACAGAAUGCUGCCAUCAAGGAGACUUGAGAGGUGCGUGGUAGACUUUGAGGCAGGUUUAUGGCAGGCCAUUCGACGCAGAUUUCACGAUGUGAAGAUCCAGGGAUGUGCCUUCCAUUGGACGCAAGCCGUAUACAGGAAAGUCCAGGAGCUUGGUCUGAAGAAAGCCUACGAGGAGCACGGGAAAGUAUACUGCUUUCUUUCCGAGGUGAUGGCUCUACACUUUUUACCCAGAGAACACAUCUUCGUAGCAUUUGACAGUCUCCGGGAGGAGGCAUCGUCUGGGCCCCUCCUUGAUCUGAUGAUCUUCAUUGAGAGGACAUGGAUGAUGAACAGACUAGCAUCAGGACCAACGACGACGUGGAAGGGUGGCACCAUCGCCUGGAAUAGUAGAGUCAACACGAAAGGUCCAGUGCCAUUAUACCUGCUCAUCCAGGAACUCUUCCGAAAGACGGCCUCCAUCCCCCUACAACUUCGAUUGGUGGACGAAGUAAAGCUGAAGCGAUUCCAGCGGAAAAGGGCCCAGAAAUCACAAAGACGUCUAUUCAAACUUUGGAAAGAAUAUGAAAGACAGAACCUCUCAACAUCCAAGUUUUUGAGGAAGGCCGCUUCCCUUCUUGGCUAG